ACGCGAAAGAGCGCAAGACCCUCUUCUUUAGGAAUCCAAUGAGCCAAAGUAGUCCCACAAGCCCCUUAGUCCCCCCACCCAUGCAAACCAAGGAGGCCAGGCUGAGCCUCACCCAGGGAGGCCAUGUUCCCAUAGUUCUCCAGCAUCACUUCCCCGUACAGCGCUUGCUGCUGGGGACCCAGAUGCUGCCCCUCUGCCUGGGAGAAGUACACGGCCACAUCCUGGAAGGUCAGCAGCAUCUGCUCCUGGAACAACGUAUCUUUGUUGCCCCAGGCCAUGCCACAGGGCAACAGACAGCUCUCCAGGGGCCCUGGCCUUGGGAAGCGCCACCACCCAGAGCCCUGCUGCAGGCAGUAUGAAUGUUGCACUAGAAGGGCCCUGACCCAGCUACCAGCCACAGGGACCCAGUUGAGCUGACAGCCCCUCUCCCUAGGGGAGGCUGAGAAUCUACAUUUCAGAACCCUUUCCUUGGGGGUGCUAGACUACCUGACUUUACCAGCUGACCAGCUUGCAGCUCCAGAGAGCUGCUUCUUUUUUACUGGUGGAAAGGAUGAAGAUGAUAGACUGGGAGGGCGGCAAGAUAACUCACCUGGGGUCCUAGAAGCUGCUUUCUUGGACUCACUGGCUACUGUGAGGUCUGAGGGAAGAGAAAAGGCUGCCCUGGCCUGAAAUCCGUCUGCCGGGAGGGGAACCCAUAAUCAGCCCCAAUCAGCAAGGGGUGGCCAGGAGGCAGAAAUUAACCCCUAGUGUGGUCUUAAUGGUGGCGAGAAAGGUACUAAAUAAGUUUUAACACAACAGGAGCCAGCAUGUUCCCUAGUGCCCAGCUACUCAUGAAAUCCUGAACUUUGGGAGCAAGAGCCCAAGGGUUCCAGUGACGCCCCAUUAAGGGUGAAACCUGGCAGCUCCAACAGUCCACACCUGCUAAGGGCCUGGAAAUGGGAUGCGUGGCGGCUUUAGCUUCCUGGCCCAACCUGUGGCAAACAGCGACGCGAAGAUGGAAGGUUGUGCAGCCCUCACCGCACCCCAUCCAACAGGGCAGAGGAAGGGGCGAGGGUUCCCGGAUUAGGUGAAGACUGAAGCCUGCCGCAUCCUCAGCCUGUGCUCCUAACCUCUUAGGUUGGCCUGCCCCUGAGGCCAAGCUGCGGUCACCGCUUCAUUUUCCCAACAGCCUCCUCCCCGCCGCUACCAUUGGUUGGCGGUUUCCAGGGCCCCAAGGCCCAAAGCCCCUCCUGGACUGGGCCGCCUGCCUCUCCGCGCCGCGGGCACUUUUGCACGGCUAGACUUUACCCCAGCGUCCCCAGCAAGAGCCCACGAUCAGGGCCGUAACCUCCCCCGAAGUUCCCCGCGGGGACCCUCCGGUGUGUUGGCGCCUUUUCCGCCCGCCGGUGAAGCCCUCCAGCUCGGCCCCGGACUUCCGCCGUCGGACGCCAAGCCACCUGCUUGCUCCGGCCCCAGCCGCUCACAGCUGGCUCGGGCUGCAAUCGGAGGCGCGGGGAGCCUGGCCUCCUGGCCCGGGCCCAUUGCCAGGGAGCGGUCCGCAUGCACCGCGCGGCCAGACCGAGCCAAGCCCGCACACCCAGCGGCCCAGGAACCCGGCCAGGCCCCAGAAGGCGGCGCCUGGACUCGACGGGUCGACGGUCCCUCUGCGCACGCUACUGGAGUCCCGGCGGACAGCUGCGGCGUCUGGUUCUCUGGCACCCGGAGCGCCGGAAAUGGGACAGAGCCUCAAGCUGUCACCCUGGGUAGAGUGCUGUGGCAUCACAGCUCACAGCAAUGGCAUCACAGCUCACAGCAACCUCCUCCUCCUGGGCUCAAGUGAUUCUCCUGCCUCCGCCUCCCAAGUAGCUGGGACUACAGGCACCUGCCACAACGCCGGCUCUUUUUUUUUUUUGGUUGCAGCUGUCAUUGUUGUUUGGCGGGCCGGGCUGGAUUCGAACCCGCCAGCUCAGGUGUAUCUUCAUCUUGCACCUACUUUUUGGGCUGGCUGAUCAAGAAGGAAGAAGCAGUAAUGUCUGUGGGGGCUGCAGCUCCAUACCUGCAUCAUGUAGGUGACAGUCACAGUGGUCAAGUGAGCUUUCUGGGGGCCCAGCUUCCUCCAGAGGUGGCAGCAAUGGCCCGGCUCCUAGGGGAUCUGGACAGGAACACCUUCAGAAAGCUGCUGAAGCUUGUGGUCAACAGUGUACAGGGGGAGGACUGCAGGGAGGCAGUGCAGCGUCUUGGGACCAGUGCCAGCCUGUCAGAGGAGCGACUGGGCGCCCUGCUUGCAGGGCUGCACACCCUGCUCCAGCAAGCCCUCAGGCUGCCCCCGGCUAGUUUGAAGCUUGAUGCCUUCAAGGACCAGCUCCAGGAGCUCUGUAUCCCGCAAGAUUUGGUUGGGGACUUGACCAGUGUGGUAUUUGGGAGCCAGCGGCCCCUACUUGACUCUGUUGCCCUCCAGCAGGGGACCUGGCUGCCCCACGUCACUGACUUUCGCUGGAGGGUGGAUGUGGCAAUCUCUACCAGCACCCUGGCUCGCUCCCUGCAGCCAAGCGUGCUGAUGCAGCUGAAGCUUUCAGAUGGGUCUGCACACCGCUUUGAGGUCCCCAUGGCCAAGUUCCAGGAGCUGCGGUACAGUGUGGCUCUGGUUCUGAAAGAGGUGGCAGACCUUGAGAAGAGGUGUGAGUGCAAACUGGACUGAACCUUCACUUGGGCAGUCCCAGUCAAGUCAGCUGGGGAGGAUAGGCUUGGCAGGUGCCAAAGCCCACGACAGUCCUGCCCCUUACGUAAAGUAGACUAUAGUGAGAAUGUUUGAAUGUAAUUAUGUGAUUUUCUGUUUAAUUGAAAGACAGCUGUGCAUUUCAGGUUUUGGAAGUAAAGUAACCAUUAAAAACUAUGUUUUUAAAAAUGCACACCAUCCCCUGGCCCUUCGUCUUUCUUGUGGCUGCAUGGCCAGGUCAAAUUCUGAGGUCCAGGCACAGGCUCUUCGUGGAUAGAUAACACGAGGUUUCCCAGUCUGGCCCCAUGUUGCACUUGAGCUCCUAUGUGCAUUUGCUUUUGUGAACCCUGUUUUAGGGUAGAAAUUUUAAUUCUCCUAAGUCCUUGCCCUCAUGGAGCUGAUAUUCCAGUGGGGAUGGGGAAACAUUACAAAAGACAUGAUAGGGCGGCGCCUGUGGCUCAAGGAGUAGGGCGCUGGUCCCAUAUGCCAGAGGUGGCGGGUUCAACCCCAGCCCCGGCCAAAAACCACAAAAAAAAAAAAAAAAAAAUGACAAAAAUAAUAUAGAGUGGCACCUAUGACUCAGUGAGUAGGGCACUGGCCCCAUGUGCCGAGGGUGGCUGGUUCAAACCCGGCCUCGGCCAAACUGCAACAAAAAAACAGCUGGGAAUUUUGGCAGGCACCUGUGGUCCCAGCUACUCGGGAGGCCGAGGCAAGAGAAUCGCCUAAGCCCAAGAGCUGGAGGUUGCUGUGAGCUGUGAUGCCAAAGCACUCUACCGAGGGUGAGAAAGUAAGACUGUCUCUAAUAUAUAUAUGUGUGUGUGUGUAUAUAUAAUGAUUGUCAGAGGUUGGUGAGUAAUAUUGCAAAUAAAGUCUGAGUGAUGGGGUGGCCUGCUUUGAUGAUGUGAUAUCUGAGCAAAGAGACUCCAAGGGGGUGGGAGAAUACAGCUAUCAGACAGAAGAACAUUUUAGGCAGGGGACGACUAGUGCAUAGGCCGCCAACAGAGAGGAGAGAUGCCUGUGGCUGCAGCCAAAGAGGAGGAGGUCCUUGGAGGGGGGUGAAGUUGGGGAGGGCAGAGUCAGGAUCUCUCCUGGGUGUCUCUAGGACAGGUGUGUGCAGGGGCCACGACCAGCUUUGCAGUCACCUUGUGCCAGUAGGGACAUUGGAGUUUUGCUCCUUGCAGAGCUGUGUGUUCCCUUUGACAGUGUCCCUGCCUCUGAAGCAUUUCUCUGGUUCACUUGUAGUCUCUCUGCUGGGAAACCAGGUCACAAGCCAAAAGUACAGGGGCCUGAGCUGCAGAAACUUCCUCUGAAAACAGGCAGUAAGCUUUGGUGCUGGCCCUGCCUAAGAUGGAACCCCACCCUUUCCAUCCUCCAGGGUCCAGGCCAGGCCAUCUGGCCAGCACAGGUUGUUUACAGAAUGUUGAGGUAGAACGGUUGCAUUCCAUCUUAAAUAAAGACCAUGGCAAUUGAGGUGUGGACCACCUGCAGGGAAGGGAGGAGUGUGCCUGUUGAUGGCUGAGUACAGAGGAGAGCUGUCCAGGAAGCCGGAGGGUUGAGACCAAGGUCAAGGAUGGGGCUGAGCAGAAUGGACAUUCUUGAGCAAAGUGUUUGCCACAAGGGAGCUCUCUACAUUACGCACACAGACGCCUGCCACACGCCCAGCUAUUUUGUCAUUGUAGUUGUUGUUUAGCUGGCCCAGAAUGGGUUCCAACCCACCAGACUGUGUAUGUGGCCAGCGCCAUACCCACUGAGCUAUGGGUGCCACCCCCAAAAAGCAUUUUUAUUGUAUUUUUUAUUUUUUAGGAUGUAUAAGAACAGUAUGUUCUUAGGUUCUCCACAUAAGAACAGUAUGUUUCAGGUCUAUGAUUUUCAUUUAAUAUUAACAGAAACAAUCUGUAUAGAAAACCCAAAGGCAACCAUAUAGUAUAAUACAUAAAAUGUGCAAAUGUACUU